AUGCACUUUAAAAUAAUAACCUGGUAUAUAUUUGUCACGAUUGUUUUAUUAGACCGACUAACAAUAUCUCAAAACCAAAAUUAUUUUGAAGAGUACAUACCAAAUUACAAUGAUAUACCUUUUUGGUUGUUUCCUACACCAAAUAACAAUGAUCAACGGCCUUCUACACCUCCACCUGAACCGCCCGGACCUCCACCACAACCUCCUGCACCGCCCGGACCUCCAUUGCCACCUCCUGCACCGCCCGGACCUCCACCACCACCACCCCCACCAGUUCCUAUAAUAGCGGUAGUAACAUCAGUCCAAAGCGUCACAGUACAAGUAUCAUUGCCGCCAACAACAAUACUACAAACAGCAUCAGGUCCAGACACAACAAUCACAGUAGAAAAAACUGUCACGCUACCAACAAAGACAACUAUUACAACUAAAACAACAAUACCUAAAGAUACUUGGGCAAUAAGUCCUGGUAGUUUUCCAAAUAAUACAAGUUAUGAAACUAGGUCAUGGCGAAUAGCUUCCGCUACAAGCUCGAACCCUACCACCGGUGGUGCUUCGACUAACCAGUCGUCUAGCGAUUCUUGUUUUAAAAGCCCAAGUAAAGAAUGGAUGUUUAUAUUUCUAAUAAUCAUAUUUUGGAAUUUAUUCUGA